AUUCAGUUGAAAACUCGACUCUUCUCUCUCUCUCUCUCUCUCUGAUCAUCAUUCAUCGUCAAAUCUCUGCAAUUAUCGUCUCGUCUCGUCUCGUUGUGCGUGUGUUUGUGGUUUAACAAACAACAAAAAAGAAAAAGAGAAAAAAUGGCGACGAAUAGUUUAGUGAUGGGACUGAAAGUGUUUUUACCGGUGAUGUUCAGCGUCAUGCUCGCGACACUAAUCUACACCAUCAUUACCGAUGGCCUUCCCCUACCAGACCGUCGUGAUGUCUUCACUCCAUGGUUCGCUACGACGAUUUUGGAUUUCUACAUCAAUAUCGUUCCUAUUGCGGUCUGGAUUGUGUACAAGGAGUCGACAUGGUUUGGUUCUAUUCUAUGGGCCAUUCUGCUCAUCGUAUUUGGAAGCCUGACGACGUGUGUGUAUCUGUUUAUGCAACUUAUCAAGCUCACACCUCAAGAGGCUUCUGAAGAUCCUAUGUACCACUUGUUACUCCGUGAUUCCUUCAAGGAUGGAGUGGGUCUCAGAGACAAGAAAUCCCUUGUCGUCUCAGCAAGAUUUGUCUUUGGUGCCUUAGGCUGUGUCAUGCUCGGAGCUUUGGUUUACACCUGCUUGACCGAUGGUUCUCCUUUCCGCAUGGAGCUUCUUUACCCGUGGAUGGUGGUUUUACUGGUUAGCUUCUACAUUCAUGUUGCGGUUUUAUCAGUUUGGGUUGUCUACAAAGAAUCUAGCUGGAUCAUUGGAGUUCUCUGGGUUGCUCUAUUACUAUCUCUUGGCAGCUUUGGAACGAGCGUAGUCAUUGUUGUGCAGCUAUUCCGUCUCUCUCCUCUUGACCCGCUAUACCUCGUUCUUGUGAAAAACAGCAAUCGGAAGCAAAGAACUAAAUAAGGGCUAAGUUAGUGAACUCUCUCUCUUCUCUCUCAUGGGUCAUGGCAGGGCUGGAGAUAUGUAUGAGCGCACUUAUUCUGCGGUUCUGCGUAUGUGAAGCUUCUUGAUUUUAUUUUUUCCCACACAUUUAAAAAAAAAAACAUUUCUUUAUCCACCCACACAAUACAUGUCUGUAUGAUGCAUUUAUGUAUUCCUCAAAAUAUGUGGAUGAUUCUUCUGUAUAUCAGUCCUUUUAUUUGACAUACAUAGAAACCUUGCCGUUAACCUGUUUAAUAAAAUAGUUGUCGUU